GUUUUUUUUUUUUUUUUUUUUUUUUUGAGACGAAAGAAAGCCAUUGCAUUAUUGUUGUGGUAUGUCAUUUCGAUGCAUGAACCAUGCCCUGUCAGAAGCAAAAUUAAUGCCUUAGAAGGUCGUUGGUAAGUAGGAUUUGGAAAAAAAAAAAAAAAAAAAGGAAAAAAAAGUAGGAUUUGGAUAGCUCAGUAGCAGGUUUCAUGCCUGGGUUUAAAGCCCUUGAAGGAUAGAAAACAGAAGGAUGCCAUACUCCCGUUGUUGAUGUUAAUCAGGGGAAAGAAGAAGAGAACAGGGAGAGGGUUGCACGACGGAAAGAAUCAGGGGCGGCAAGUAGAGGAUGUGGACAGGGUUCUAAACGAACGCGCAGUGGGGAGAGAAGGGAGAGUGGAGGAGGAGGAGGAGASGAGGAGGGAGAGUUCGUGUGCGCUUCGGCCGUCAUCGAGAGGGAGGAACGGUGCAGAGGAGAGCAUCAGCGAGGGGAGGUGAUAGAGGGCGUGCUCGGAGUGUGGAGAUUGAGAGAGAGCCCUCCAAGGAGAGAGCUCAGAAGAGCGCCGCCUUUGCUGGUGCUCCAGCGGAUAGGUGGCACAGGGCAGACACAUGUACGGCGGAGAUGUGAAGUGUCAGCACUUGUAAUUGACGGAUAGGAUUUGAACACUUGCAAGGCUGGUUAUGCUGGAGAAGAUCCGCCGAAAAAUUAGGUCAUCUACCCCGGCAGCAGACGCUGCGCAGACCGGCUGGCGAAGGUUGUGCCGGGUUGGUCAGGAGGCAUCCAUACCCGUGCUAGCGCGACCUUUCACGUCCGUACCUGUACGAGCUCGACCACUGGUCGGCUCUGUGUUGCCGCUGCUGUGGCCAUGGCAUUGACCGAGGCGCAAUGCGUAGAGUUCAGGGAAGCCUUCUGCUUUUUCGAUCGGGAUCGGGAUGGGCAGAUUCAGACGAAGGAGAUCGGGGCAGUGAUGCGUGCUCUGGGUCUGAACCCGACGGAGGCAGACUUGAGUGACAUCGUGGACAGCGCAGCCGCCAAUGGCAAGGACAGCGUGGACGUCAACGAAUUCCUCUCAUUGAUGGGAAAGAACAUGAAGGAGGAGUCGGAGGACGAGCUGAAGGAAGCCUUCAAAGUUUUCGACAAAGAUCAAGACGGUGUCAUCUCCGCUGGCGAGCUGCGGCAUGUGAUGAGCAGCCUCGGCGAGAGGCUAGGUGAUGACGAGAUUGAUGAAAUGCUGAAGGAGGCUGACCCGACUAGCUGUGGGGAUGUCAACUACGACCAGUUCGUCAAGGUCAUGAUGGCGCGACGGUAGAUAGAUAUGGUUCCCGGUAGAUGGUUGUGUUUGUGUCUGCAAGUCUGCCUUCUUGUCUUCGUCAACGUAACAUAGCAGUCUUUGUCCACUGUCCUUUGGGACAUCUUGUUAAAACUUGCAAGUGGAAAGGUAGGAAAGAUACAGAGGUGCUAGAUUACUAGCGUAUUAUGACUUUUGGCGAGAGGAUUGACAUGCACAGAUCGAGAAAUGGUCCAAGUUAAGGGGGAACGAUCAAGAAAAAGAGGAGUCUUAAAAAGUCACAAAUUUUAAAAACGAAAAAACAAGCAAACAAUUCUAUUCAAUUGCAGAGCAGGGAGGGUCCUCUCUGAGUUUACAGUCAGUGACAUUCAGUUGCAGUAUUUUUGGUUAGCCAUUUCGCUAUCAUGGUGGUUUUGGGGGGGGGGGGGGGGGGNGGGGGGGGGGGGGGGGACUAGACCGUGGAUGUGGCGAGAGUUGAGAUCCCGACGGAGGGAGACCUUUGCUUAUCUGCUCUGAUAAGCGAGAGAGAGAGAGAGCCACGUGGUCGUGGAACGUCAGGGCAUUGUCACAGUAGAACUUUCCGGGAAGGUUUGACCGCAAUUACAGCCGGACCAGGAUGUAUCUGGACCACAAAUACGCCCAAAGCUCAGUCGAAGCUCGUCUUCGCCCGAAUAAAGCUCACUGUCAUCA